GGUGGGAACUGCACAUUUUGGGGGAAAAGAAGAGUAGCAACUAGUUAUUUUUGUUUUUUUAGGGGACCGUUUAAGACAAAUACGAAACAUUGUGUUCGUGGAUAGGCUGUCAUAAAGUUAGCACGAUAGUAGCACUGAGACAGACUUAAACUGCUAAGCUACGUUGAUCUUCCACUGCUAGCAAGAGGGCUAGCUGGCUGAUUCCGUGUCUUGUUGGGUCCUGACUGGACGGGAGAGGGAUGUCCUGCAGCUUGUUGGAGUUUUGUCGGCUCCAGGAGCUCAAAACGGUCCGGGACUUCUUGUUCCAGAGCCAGAAAACCGAGCCAGCUCAGGAGAAGAAUCAAACAGAUAAUGAGCUGUCUUGGGACACCUCUGACUGGGAGUCGGCAUGGGAUAGUGGUGAAAACAAAGAGGGAGAAUCGAUGGACAAUAACAAAAUGGGGGAUUCCACUUCUGCCACAACGGUGGAGGAGGAGACCACUGGACAGAAAGAACCUUGGCUGCAGGACUGUGUUGUGUCUCUGUCGCCCUGCUCCGACCUGCUAGUUGUGGCGCGUGAACACAGGGCGGCCUUUCUCUCAGCUAAAUGGCGUACGGAUGACAGUGGCAGAGAGGAGAUGACUCUGGCUGUGUCUUGGUCUGGAACCCUCAGCUCCGAAGAAGGAGAGUGUGUGAGCAGCGCCAUCUGUGUCCCCUUGGCAAGCCAGAAGAGGAGCUCCACUGGGCGGCCUGACUGGACAUGUGUAGUAGUGGGUUUCACAUCUGGCUAUGUCCGCUUCUACACGGAGAGCGGAGUUCUGCUCCUGGCCCAGCUGCUGCAUGAGGACCCUGUGUUGAGGCUCAAGUGUCGGACAUAUGAGAUCCCUCGUCAUCCUGGAGUAACCGAGCAGCAUGAGGAGCUGAGCAUCCUCUACCCUGGUGCUAUGGUCACUAUAGAUGGCUUCAGUCUCUUUCAGUCUCUACGUGCCUGCAGAAACCAAGUGGCAAGAGCUGCAGCAGCAGGUAGUGAUGUGGUUCAGCCUCCUCCCCUGGCCUAUAAGAAGUGGGGCUUGCAGGACAUGGACACCAUUGUGGACCACAGCAGUGUGGGCAUUAUGACGCUGUGUGUGUUUGACCAAAUGAAGAACGCAUCCAUCCUGGGGGGGUUCAAUGCUUCAGUCAAGGGCAGUCCCCCUGCCAUGAGCCAGUAUGUCACUGUGGGAGCUGGGCCAUACACAGGCUUUUACUAUGCUGUAGAGGGAAGCUCCCAGCCUCUUCUGUCCCAUGUGGCUUUGGCUGUGGCCAGUAAGCUCACUUCAGCCCUCUUCAGUGCUGCCAGUGGGUGGUUAGGAUGGAACAAGAACAAGACUGAAGAGGAGGUUGUUCAAAAACAGAAGCCCAAGGUGGAGCCUGCUACUCCUUUAGGGAUCAGAUUCGGUCUCCCAGACUCCCGGCGCCAUGGCGAGUCUAUAUGUCUGUCCCCGUGCAACACGCUGGCUGGAGUGACGGAUGACUUUGGUCGAGUUACACUGCUGGACUUGGCCAGGGGCAUUGCCAUCCGCAUGUGGAAAGGUUACAGGGACGCCCAGCUGGGUUGGUUGCAGGUUCCAGAAGAGCGCGGUGAUCGUGAAUUCUCCCCCUCUGCUUCCCUCCCCCGACGCCAUGCUCUGUUCUUAGUCAUCUAUGCCCCCCGGAGGGGAAUCCUGGAGGUGUGGGCGAUGCAGCAGGGGCCUCGAGUUGGUGCUUUCACUGUGGGGAAGCACUGCAGGUUGCUGUAUGCUGGCUACCGUCUAAUGGGCGUCAACAGUGUGACCAGUCAGGGCUGGCAGCUCCACACCCAGCAGGUUUGUCUGAUGGAUCCGUCCACGGGAGCACUGAGGACGGUGAACGUCCCCUUCCACCUGGCCCUCAGUGACAAGAAGAGCGAGCAAGCCAAAGAUAUGCACCUGGUGAAGAGACUGACUACUCUCCUAAAGAGCAGAGAUGGGGAGCCUGAUAUUUUGGAGAGUGAAGCCAGAAGUAUUCUGCUGGAUAUCAAACACCCUGCCAUUAAGAAGCAGGCUUUGGAGUCUCUGCUAUCAAAUAAGAAUGCUCCUGUCUCUUGUCUUACUAACAUCACAUGUGCCUUACAUGACACCUUAAAGCAAAAAGACCCUGAGGAGGUGGAUACUGCAUUACUCCAGCUCUGCUCUUCACAGCUGAAGUUGCUUCAACUGUAUUCUGACGUCCAGCAGCUGCACUCUGCAGCAAAUGUUGAGGCCGACACUGAAAACGACUCCCUUGAAGGCAUCGAAGAUGAAUUGUCCCGUAUUGGGCCAACCUUGCAGCACUAUGCUCAGCUCACCUCAAGACCCAGCGUUUCCUUUGCCCAGGAUUCACCCGACUCCCCCCUACCUGCCCAAACUUUUCUCUCUCAGAUGGAGUGCACAGAGGACGGGGAGUUGAAAGUGAUUCGGGGGUCUGAAACUGAAUGGAACCAGCUAGGAAACUUUUUGUUCUGGGGUUGUCUGUGUGGAAAAAGCCCCCGCCAUAAAGUCUGUGACACACUACAGCAGGCUGGCAUCAGUCCACAGCAGCUCCUGUCUUUGUUGCUGAGUGUGUGGUUGCAAAGGGAGAAGGAGGUGCUACAGAAACCAGUGGAAAUGGUUAGAAACCUACACACACUACUUGUUGCCCUUAGUAACAUGGAAGGUGCAGUUGAGGAGUCAUGGGACACACAGUCCAUCUCGCCUUGGUGGCAGCAAGUUCGCUGUACAUGCAUCCAGUCCCACAAUGCUGCCGCUGGUCUGCUAGCUGCCCUAGUUGCUCACCGUGCUGCGAAGGCUAGCAUCACGAGCCGGGCUGACAGCAAGCUGCAGUCAGAGUGGGAGGCGGUGUCAUUGGAGCUGGAGCAGUGGCUGGUGUGUGUCCGCCAGCUGGAGGAUGUACUGGUGCUGCAGACGUUGCUGUUGGUGCCUCCUCAUCAGGGAGCAGCAGGAGGCGCUGCAGCUCAGUGCUCCAUCAAAACACUGCUGGAGGGAGGCACAGGUGGGAUUGCAGACAGUGUCUCCAAGUGGGUGUUCAGGCAAAGCAUGGCUCCUGAGCGACUGAAGGAAAUUCUCCAGAAGAGAGAAAAUAAAGACGCAGAUGACAAACUGGAUCAUAAAGAAAGGGGACAAGGAAAUGAGGAGAAGCACCAAGAAGACACAGACGGGACAGCGGAGCUGUUGGUGGCAGUGUGCCAGCGGUUCCCACACUCCCUCUCACCUGACCUGCUCUUUGCUCACUGCUGCUGGGAGUAUGUGGUGCAGUGGAACAAAGACCCAGAGGAGGGUCGAUACUUGUGCUGGGCUGUAGAACAUUUGAAGCUGAUCUCCAGUCCUCAUAUUCAGCUGGGCAUUUCCACGAUGAUGUGGAGCACAUUUAUUGUCAAGCGUUUCUCAGCAGCAGCCUUCCUCAUGGAGAAGGUGGGGAAAGCACCCAAAGAUCGCUUAUGUCGACGGGAUGUCGGGAUGGGAGACAAAGCCAUGACGUCUUUCCUGGGCUGCUGUGUCCAGUUGCUGCAAAUCCUCAUGGAGGCGGACUCUGCAGUGGAGGAGGUUUCUGCUCCAGAGCUGUCUGUCGAGGAGGCUUGGUGUGGAGCCGAGGGCCCUGCAUCUAUAGCUGAACUUGCCCUGGAUCAAAGAGGUGUCCACUUUCCUCUGGUUCAACACCACUGCCUGUUAGCCUCCCUGCUUCAUGCUGCCAUGACCUUCAGUCUGAGGGUGAAACCACUGAGCCUGUUUGAUAGCAAGGGUAAGAAUGCUUUCUUCAGAGAUCUGACUACCAUCCAGCUGAUGCCCAGCGGAGACAUGGACCCAGGCUUGGUCUCACUACGACAAGAGUUCCUCCUUCGGGUGCUGACUGGCUGGGUGCAGGCUAUAGAUGAUUUUUCCAGCUCAGCCUCUGCUACCGGGUCCACCCCUCUGCCUUCUACUGGACCCAAGGCGGACUGGUGGCCCUCAAUGUGUCUGGAGCUGGGCUCCCUGCUGCAGGUCAACCCAGACAUCCUGCGACGGCAUCUUGUCUGUGAGCUCUACAACCAAGGCCUGGACCUUCGUGCUGAGGAGGUGAUGCUAGAAGUAGAAGAUAAGGAUGUGCUGGGCUCCCAGCUCUUGGUGCUGACUGGUCAGAGGCUGAGCUACUCACUGCUCCACAGCCAGAGUCAGACACAAGCUGCCAUGGAGCUGCUGGCCCGCCUGCCCCCCACCCUCUGCACAUGGCUCAAAGCUAUGGACCCCAGUGAGCUGAGGUGUCCCCUGGUCCCUCUGCCCCAGACCAGCCGACUAGUCGGCCGUCUGAUUGAGAUGCUGCCAGAAAAGCAUGCCCAGUACAGCCUGGCUCUGCACCUUCUGGAAGCUGUAGAGGCCCUCACCACCGAGGACUGACCUUGGUGCUGCAGACUGAUGGAGGAAGAGGACUGUGUCAUGGACACUGCAGAAAGACAACCCCCAGCAUAUGCAGCGUAUAGGACACAGUCAAGAAACAACACAUGAAAGGGGAUAAUAGCCUUCUUUCCUCAAUUUCAACAUUGUCAUGGAGGAUGUUUUCUUUGUCAGCUCAUGUUAAUACUAAUAAAUUCAUCCCAACAGAUUUAUUGUAGAAGGCAUUGUUAAAUAGAGUGGAUACCACAGGCUUUUAACCUUUUUUAAUUCAUAUUUUUGUGCAUGUAUCAUAACUAAUAUUGAAUAUUUGUGUUGUUAAAGGGUAUUGUGACAGGAGGAUGGUUAUUAAAAAAUGGGGCAUGUCUAUUCUUUGUCAUUUCAACCUCAUUUUCACUCAGUUUGACUUUAAAAUCCCAUGUCCUCUGUGCCAUAUCAGACUUUGGUUAGACAAUUAUUUCUUUUUUCCCACAGUCAAGAGAUGUAUCAUAAAAGAAAUAUGGACCUUAUUUUUUAUUUAUAUUUGCAAACUGUACUAGCUGUGCCUGUACACCUACUAUUCUGUAGUUCUUUGUCCAGCUGCUCCCACUGGGCUCCGAUGCGGAAUAAAGAGAUUUCUCAAAUUAAAA